AUAAACGUAUCUCGUGUGCAGCAAAUCUGUAAUGAUUUAAAAACCUGUGAAAAAGCACUACGAUCACUGUCUUUGUUAAUUUCGGCCACGAUGUCAAGCGAGGAGGACUUAGAAAUUAUUCUUGAGGAAGACGAAGCGGCCGCCUAUGCCACGGCAGCCCCGAGUGGCGUCCUGAGCGUGCACACCAAACUCAUUCGGGACAUUGUCAUUGAUGAGGAUCACAUCUCGAUGACCGAUCCGGAGCUCUAUGUACGGAUCAAAGUUGGGUCUUUCGUCAAGAGCACGCAAACAGUCAUGGCGGAGAAGGAUGCCAAAGUGGUCUUGGACGACCUCAAACACUUCUCACUAAAGAUUCCCAGAAAACGAUCCGAUCCUUCAAACGAGGUUCGCUUUGACUUGGUUGUUGUCAAGAGCCCUCACGUGCACAGGAUUGUCGGUCAUAAAGACAUGCACCUGUAUGACAUCAUUAAGAACCAAUUCGUUGCUGGGUCACAUGACCUUCAGUACAGACACAAAACCAAAGCCGUAGUUGAGCUAGAGAUGUGCUUCACCUACGGUAUCUUUGGAUACGGAUGCUGCCAUCAGCUCCAAAACAGGCAGAGAAAGAUCUCAGACAUCGUUGGCCACUCUCUCCUCCUCCGCGUGGAGCCCCCACAGACAAGAUACCAGUCAAACGCCGGUCACGUGAUGACGGCCAUGCCAGUUGGGCACCCUGAGUUCAUCAACUUCACAGCCAAAGCCGAGACGUUGUCUUCAGCUGGGGAAGUCAAAGCAGAGGGUAGCACCCAGAGCAUCCUCUCGGGCCUCGACUUGCAGGAACCCAUAAUCCUCACUCGGACAAUGAGGAAAAGAUUACAUCGGAUACAGACCGAUUUCGCACAGCAGGGGAGCCGUGUGCAACGCAAGAGGUUCCUGGAGAGACUAGUACUGCGUCACAUCCACGACCAUGGUGCCAUCGAGACCGAUCAAGAUGCAACGCAGGAAGGGGAGGCUGCUGGACCAUCAUCGGCAGGCCCAAAAGAGGCAGGAUCCACUGAACGUGUGGUCGUUAAUGCAGAAACCUACGGCACAGAUAGUGACUAUGCAGAGUCUGCCACCGACCUGAGCGAACUGAUGUCCUCUAUGUUGAUGAACGCACCGGGGCUGGUAACCAGAGAACCCGCACGCCGGAUACAACCAUCGCUGUUCAGUAUCGGUGAGGAGACGACCGACUUGGCUUCUACGGCCAGUGACACUCAAACUUCUCCUCCAGCUCAGAGAACUGAAGAUGAGACAAGAGAACCGAUCAAUCAGGAACCGCCAGUGAGGGAAGAAAGGAGACGAAGCACCCUUGCUGAGUUGCCAGGCCUCUUGGUAAGGUCUCUCGCCAACCGGCUGUCCGGCUGGAGGCCAACACGCAUCCAGCCUGCCCGCCGACAACGACCGACUCCUGUUGAGGUUACGGACGAAGGCCCAGUCACACAACCAGCAGCCGGUGGCUCUGUCUCUAUGUCAAGGUUCAGGAGUAAAAUGGCAAGACAAGAAGAUGAACAAGGAUGAAUUCAAAAAUUAUCCCCAAAAGUUUUAAAACAGCCUUGGAGAUUAUAUGUCGCCGAGGGAAAGUUUCAGUGAAGUAGGGCUUCGAUGAUAUCGAGUCUACUACAUGUAUUCCCCUUUAUGGGGAGAGCAUAGCUCGAUCCAAACAAAUUGUGAUUGUGAGCUCAGUAUGAAAGUCCUUCGUUAUUCAUGCAAGACAAAAUCUAAUAAUUGUUGAUCAGUUAUUUUUUUAUCGAUGACGGACGUACUGUUAUUGUUAUAUUAUGUGGAUUCAGGUAUAGGAAUUAUAUUUAAAAUCAGUCAUAAAUUAACUCUGAUAAUCUUGAUAAUCAAGCCUUCGUUUUAUUACUUAGAUUCAAUCUGAAAGCCAAAAUACAAACUAAGUCAUGACUAGUUUGGAGUAGACUCUAUAACCUUCUUAUUUCAUAAAAAUGGUAAAUUCAAAGCAACUAGUUCUUAAUUUUCCCGAAUACAAAUAUAUGGUAUAGACUUUCCCUUUCAAUCCUUACAGGAAAUAUUUUUUAUUUGCUUAAAAAAAGUGGUAUAAGUUUUCAUAUAGCCGUUUUAUCAAUCGCAUAUUGAUCUAGUGGAACACAGUCAUGAAAAUGCUUUUCACAAGUCAUUCAAAUGACUUUAAAAAGAAACAAAAAUGAACGGUUUAGACUAACUAAUUCGAAAGCAAGAAAUAUCAGAAUGAGUGUAUCAUACUUUCUAUUCUCUCUGUGACCACAAAUGUGUUCGACAUACUAACUUCAGAACUACAUCAGAACAUAAACAAAAUCAAAAGAACCAAACAAGCGUAAACAAAACUAUUAUAGCGGUGCCAUUUCGAAGAGAAAGAAAACACGUCUCUAAGUAUCAGUGAUUACAAUUGCUGGAAUAUAAGUGCUUACUGAAAUUAAGGCUUAUCAGCUCAUUGCAUAUUACAAAAUUUAUCUUUGAUUUGCGUCCAGUUUACAAUUUACAUGUAGCGAAAUUUCCAUUUAUACAUCUCAGUUCUUACAAAAUUUUGAUAUCAAGUAGCAUGUACAUUCUUUAUAUACAUAUGCGAAAAAAAUCUAUCGAUUUUAUCUUACAAAUUUAUUUUUAAAUAUAAGGAAGAAUUGUACUGUGUCCAAUUAAUAAAAAUUACAAACAACAUCAUCCAAAAAUAUCGAAUCCCUUUUCUAAAUGUUUGAGCUAUAGGCUAAGAAAAUAUUAAAACUCUUGUAGGUCAUGAUGUACAAGAAUACUUCUCUUGUUGGUCACCCCAUUAAUAAAUCCCAUUUUGAAAGUUGUCCACGAUUACUGUUUCCCAUUAAAAAGAUUUACCGCAAGGCCACAAGGUACAGUAAAACACUUCGUUAUUGUUUGGCAUUUUGUAUCGUUCCAUCACAAGUCGGUUUCUUCAACUAUAAGACUUGGACAGAUUGCUUAUUUUAAAACUCUUAACAUCUUUCACAUUUUGCGUCCCAUUUUCUUCAAUAAUGCCGACAACAUACAUGUACUUUGGAAACUAAUGCAUAUUCUAUAUGUAGCAGCUGCUAUAGAGUAAAGAGAAUCUGAUACUUCAAGGUAUUAAAAAAACUUAC